CUCAUCUGGAGCUUGUGAUGUAAACCAUCAUGAAUCGCGCUGAAAUGAAGUCGACUCGUUUCGAGUGAAAUUGUGCGCUGCCUUCUUAAAAAACAAAUUCCGCACGGUUUUAAUUCGCUCAUACGCACUUUCCGCUGACGUUUCUCUCAGCAACACACGCACGCACACACACACACACACACACACACACACACACUGCUGGCGUGACCAGAAAAAGGGCUGCUCGGUAACAGUGAAGCAAGGAACAGCAGCGGGAGACUAAAACCGACCGCAAACAGUCUAAACAAGGCCGUGGCCGCGGUUCUGACGAAGGAGAGAGAGAGAGAGAGACAGAGAGAGCGAGACUGAGCAAGAGAGACACUGGGCUCCAACCAUGCCACUGUUUGGUAAAUCUCACAAGAGUCCCACGGACAUUGUGAAGGCUCUGAAGGACAACCUGUCCAUCCUGGUGAAGCAGGACAAGAAGACAGAGAAGGCCUCAGAGGAGGUGUCUAAAUGUCUGGUGGCGAUGAAGGAGAUCUUGUACGGCACCAACGACAAGGAACCACACACGGAGACGGUGGCCCAGCUGGCCCAAGAGCUGUACAACAGCGGCCUGCUCAUCUCCCUGGUGGAGAACCUGCAGGUCAUCGACUUUGAGGGGAAGAAGGACGUGUGUCAGAUCUUCAACAACAUCCUACGCAGGCAGAUUGGCACCCGCAGUCCCACAGUGGAAUAUUUCUGCUCCCAUCAGGAAGUGCUCUUCAUCCUGCUCAAAGGGUAUGAGACUCCUCAGGUGGCGCUGAACUGCGGCAUCAUGCUGCGUGAGUGCAUCCGGCAUGAACCGCUCGCCAAAAUCAUCCUGCACUCGGAGCAUUUCAACGACUUUUUCAGCUAUGUGGAAAUGUCAACGUUCGACAUUGCCUCUGAUGCAUUCGCCACCUUCAAGGACCUUCUUACAAGACACAAGGUUCUAGUGGCAGAAUUUUUAGAACAGAACUAUGAUGCGGUCUUUGAGAACUAUGAGAAGCUGCUGCACUCUGAAAACUAUGUGACAAAGAGGCAGUCACUGAAGCUGUUGGGUGAGCUCCUGCUGGACAGACACAACUUCACUGUGAUGACGAGGUACAUCAGCAAGCCGGAGAACCUCAAACUCAUGAUGAACCUGUUGAGAGACAAAAGUCCCAAUAUCCAGUUUGAGGCGUUCCACGUUUUCAAGGUGUUUGUGGCAAACCCUAACAAAACGCAGCCCAUCAUAGACAUCCUUCUGAAGAACCAGACGAAGCUCAUCGACUUCCUUAGCAACUUCCAGAAGGACCGCACGGACGACGAGCAGUUUAACGACGAAAAGACGUACCUCAUUAAACAGAUACGAGACUUAAAGAAACCCGCCUCCUAAACCUUAGCUAGCGAUCACGUUAUUAAGCACCUCAUCUUUUUACUGAGGAAAAAUAAACAAAAAAAAAAAAAUCACAAAAAUCUAUUAACAAUAAUAAUUCUAUUUAAGAUCUUAAACAUUUGUCUUUUCUUAGUCAUGCGGCUCGCAAGUGAUAGUUUUCAAUCACUGAUGUUCAGUUAUUUUCUUUUCUUUUUUUAUUUUUCUUUUCUUUUCUUUUUUUUUUUUUUUUUUUUUUUUUUUUUUUUUAAACUUUCUUUCAUAAGACAUUUGUUAGUUUUAUCAUCGAGUUGUGUGCCACAAUAGGAUGUUUAAAAAAUAAAAAAAAAAAAAAGAAAGAAAACUUAAAGGCAACCAAUUUAGUUUCAGGAAGAACCAAAGCUGGUAGCAGCCUUGAGAGACGUGGGUGAGUCACGAGGACCUAAGAGGACGAUUGACACUUUUGGUUUUUACAUUAUGAUGAGCUCGUAUUUUCACACACACCGAUCCGAGUGUAGUUCACACACCGGCAGUUUGGCCUCGCUCUUGUACAGUUUGUAGCUGUAGUAGUGGAGUUGUAGGAAGGGAGGAUGCAUUCCCCAGUUAUUUAUAAAACUAUGAUUUUCACACAUUAGUAACUUCAUUCUUGCAUUCCUUUAUAUUGUUUUUUUUUUUCUACUCUAGCACCUCCUGUCACUGGUGGUAUACGCUGAAUUUUCUUCCUUUUCACGCACCUGUAUGGCUUACUGCUGGCUCUGGAUGGGUUUAAAUUUACCAAAAAAACAAAUAUAUCAGUCAUGUUAUCCCUGUUUACUUUUUUUUUUUUUCCCUUCUUCUCAGUAUUUUACUUGUUGGGUUUCAGCCAUGGAUCAGGAGUGCAGUUUAUCUUCCUGUAUGCUUUUUAUUUUUUGUUUUUUUGCUUUUUUUUUUUUUUUUAAUUUGAGUUAUUAGAGUUAUGCUUGCGAAACAGGGCUGUGUAACUUUUCAAUUCCUACUUGACAACAUGUUUACCUAUCAUGUGUUUAAAGCUGGUUUUAGUCUCUAAGUGGGUGCCCUUUUAUGAAAUGUAGUAAACAUCUGUUGUCACUUUGUGUAUGAUGUUUUGCAGUGAGGCUGGAGUUCACAAUAAUGGUUCUCGAUUUGUACUAUAGUACUAAAACUAGAGUUAUGUGCUAGUACUGUAGUGUAUCCAGUGCGCUAAUAUUCCUAUAGGACCUACUAUAGGAGUCAUGUAGUUUAAUCCCACUAAUACUCUUUCUUGUACACGUUUAUUAUGUUGCAGUUUGGCGGUUCUGUGCUGUAUCUCUGCAGUACUUCAGUGUAUUUCUGUUCAUUAGCUGGUAUGUUAGCUUUUCAUAGUGAUUUUGGCAUUUAGCUCAAACCUAAACAGAACAGUCGAGGACACGAACGUUCAAAACAGGUGCCUUUUGUUGUGUUUUAAAUGUAUUCCUGUUUUUUUUUUUUUCUCAUGCUUUAUUUUGUAUUUUUUAAACAGAUCUUUCUAGGGGGAGCUUAAUUUAAUUUUGUUGUUAAUUUUAAAUAUGUUCUAGUAGAGCAUAUUUUGAAUCGAUUAAGCAGUGAACCUCUUAACUCGCUAUAUUUGAGUUACGCUGAUGAAAACUUCAUUCUUUCAUCCUUUGCUUUCAUUUGCUGCACUUGGUUGAUUGAUUCAGUUGUAUGAUUGUAUCAUUAGAAUAUUUGGAUUAAGUGGAAUUUGUAUGCUGAGGUGGUCUUGACCCAUGUUAUCACAUUUGCCAAUUAUGUGAAAUUUGUUAUAUAUCGAUAUACAUACUGAUUUUCCAUACUUUUUCGUUUUCUGAUAAUAUUUUUACUUUGCUUAUAAAAUCAUCGCCCUAAGAAACCAAAACUGGAUCAAAAUUCAGUGGUAAAUCAUUCUCAAAUGUUGAGCAAAUACAUCACACACUAUUGGCAUUCCUUCUGCUCCUCCUAGUUUGAAUUAGCAUUCAGAGCUCAGAUGGGCUCCGGGCUGUUCAGUAUUGUGUAAUGUAAAGUGAAUCAUGGAACAUUAAACCCUUCAACAGGGGAAUCAUUCAACUAUAUUAUACACCUGAGCCAAAUUUAUUCAAUAUCCUUACAUCCUUACAUAGACACAUUACAAUUAAUGGAAAUAAACGUUGAGAUUUCAAGUCUGAAAUCUUUCCCAAUGCCACCCAUGUCGCAUCCUUCCUUCUUCAAUGCUAAUUGUACCAUAUCACCAAUAAAGCAAAAUUCAAGCAUUA